AUGCUAGUUUUAUGUGGUUUUCAAUUAUUUAUUGAAGUUCUUCUUCGUAUGCAUCAUAAAUCGAGUGAUCGUAAAGAACUUAUUGAUGUAUGUAAAAAAUCCUAUGGUGCUAAUCAUAAACAAAUGAAAAUUAUUCAUGAAUUCGAACAGACAUAUGAUGGUGAAAAAGCAAUUUGGUGGUAUACACAUGAUUCAUGUUUUUAUCGAAUGAUGAAUAAAGCAUUACGUAUUCAAAAUUAUAAUACAUUAUUUGCUUUUCGAUUUUUUAUUACAGAUAUUGCAAAGCAAAUAAAAUAUGAAUAUGAAAAUUUUAUUCGUACAAAUGUUAAUCGAAAUAUAAUUCGAGUUUAUCGUGGACAAAUAAUAAGUAUUGAUGAACUUGAAUUAAUGAAAAAUAAUAUUAAUGAAUUUUUAUCUAUGAAUUCAUUUUUAUCAACAAGUCGUAAUCGAACAACUGCACUUGAAUUUACACGAGUUUCUCGUAGACGAGAUAAUAUGCGAGCAAUUCUUUUUGAAAUUGAUAUUAAUCCUCGAUUACGUACAAAAACUUUUGCUGCUAUCGAUAAAAUAAGUCAUUAUAAACAUGAAAAUGAAAUAUUAAUUAUGCUUGGUGCAUUAUUUCGUAUUGAAAAUAUAUUUGAAAAUGAAAAAGAAAAAUUAUGGAUAGCUCAUGUAUCUUUAGCAAGUGAAGAUGAUUAUCAUUUAAAAGAAAUAUUUACUCAUAUGAAAGGAAAGAUUGGUGAUGAUACGAAUUUGGAUUCUCUCGGUAAACUUUUACUUCGAAUGGAUGAAAAUGAACAAGCACGAAAAUGUUAUAAACGAAUGUUAGAAGAAACUCAACUUGCUGUUGGUGAUGCUCAAUUAGGUCUUGGAUGGGCAUCUCUUCGAUGCAAGAAUUUUGAUGAAACAAAAUUACCAUCUGAUCAUCCUCAAAUUGCUGCAAUAUACAACAAUAUUGGUUGGUUACAUGAACGUGAAAAAAAUUAUGCAAAAGCAUUAGAUUGUUAUCAGAAAGCUCUUGAAAUAAGUCGUAAAACUUUACCGCCAACACAUCAUCAUGUUACUGGAGCAGAAGAAAAUAUUCAAAGAUUGAAAAAAACAAUGGAACAAUAA